AAAAACGAAUUAUUAAAACAGAUUUAAGGUGAAAGCGAAACCGUUUGAAAAACUUUUUUUUGUGCCAAAGUUUUCCCAAGUGUUUUUUCCGGUUUCUCCUUUAUUUUUUUUUUAAGUUUCACGCUGACCAGCGACUUUAAAGUGUCAAAUCAGGGCGAUAUAACUCACGGAUAUGCAAAUGCCGAGGUGGGCGUGGCCGUGGGCGUGCCGAAACAAAUAAUAGAAAGACAGCCAAUUAAAAAGCCCCUACAUAAUCGAACAAGAUAUUGGAGGCAUACAAAUAUAUAAAUAUAUAUUUAAUAUAUAUAUAAACGAAUAGAAAUAUCUGCCAAGAUGGCUGACCGUCGGUCGGUGGCUCUUCUGUUAGCCAUGUUAAUUAGCAGUUGGCCAAAAGCCUCCUUGGCAGCCACAGGAAAUGCUAGUAUUAUGACCGCCAGCAACAGCAGUGGCAACAAUUACGCAUUCACCUCGGAACACUCUGACCACAACGCCAACGACUCCAUGGAAUACGAUGCGGAGAGUGUGGCCCUCGAACGCAUCGUUUCCACGAUAGUUCCGGUCUUUUUCGGCAUUAUCGGCUUUGCCGGACUCCUGGGCAAUGGACUAGUCAUACUGGUGGUUGUGGCCAACCAGCAGAUGCGCUCGACCACCAACCUGCUGAUUAUCAACCUGGCCGUCUCCGACAUCCUGUUCGUCAUCUUCUGCGUCCCAUUCACGGCCACCGAUUACGUGCUGCCCGAGUGGCCGUUUGGCAAUGUGUGGUGCAAGUUUGUCCAGUACAUGAUUGUGGUUACGUGCCACUGCAGUGUUUACACGCUGGUCCUGAUGUCCUUUGAUCGCUUCCUGGCCGUCGUUCAUCCCGUGACGAGCAUGUCCUUGCGAACGGAGCGCAAUGCCACACUGGCCAUCAUGUGCGCCUGGAUAACGAUUGUGACGACUGCGAUUCCGGUGGCCCUUUCGCACUCGGUGCGAAUUUAUCAGUACCAAGGAAAUGCCGGCACCGCUUGCGUAUUUUCCACGGAGGAGGAGGUCUGGAGCCUUGUCGGUUUUCAGGUCUCAUUCUUUUUAUCAUCCUAUGUGGCUCCGUUGACGCUGAUUUGCUUCCUUUACAUGGGAAUGCUGGCCCGUCUGUGGAAAAGUGCUCCCGGCUGCAAACCUUCCGCCGAGUCACGGAAGGGAAAGCGACGCGUGACCCGAAUGGUUGUUGUUGUCGUAUUGGCUUUUGCGAUUUGCUGGCUACCCAUUCAUGUCAUCCUUGUGCUGAAGGCGCUGAAUCUUUACGGCGGCAGUCACUCAUCAGUCAUCAUCCAGAUUAUAUCUCAUGUGGUGGCCUACACAAAUUCCUGCAUCAAUCCCAUACUCUAUGCCUUCCUGUCCGACAACUUUCGCAAGGCAUUCCGCAAGGUCGUUUGGUGUGGCAGCCCACCGCCUUUGAUGACAAAUCAACAGGUGACCAAGACCACGCGAACUGCAACCGGCAACGGAACGUCCAAUAUUGAAAUGCUAUAAGCGAUUCUUGAGAAUGAAUGAAUGGGGAUCGUCACAUCAUUUUUGAAGGCGAUUUUCAAACUCAAAACGGAAAAUGUGAAUUUAAAGCUAACAAACAACACAAAAAACUAAA